UUUUUUUUUUUUUUUUUUUACUGCUUCUGGUAAAGGACCGAGUCAUCUCUGUAAACUGCACUCAUGGAGACUAUAAUAGGAGUAGAUGACUGUAUGACGAAGAACAUUCUUCCUGCCCUGGAACUUUCGUGCGUCUUGAAAUUUUUAACCAAGAGCCAGACUUACUUUGGCUAUGUAGUAAUCAGGAGAGGUGAGCCCCACGUGCAUCGUGGCCUGCAAAACUGCUGGAUCUUAAGGCCUAGUGUAGCUACUCAGGUUUGGAGGUGGUCCCAGGGCACCACCAGCUGUGCUGUGAGGCCACACCCCUACUGUGGUUUGUGCCUGUCUGCACGUAGGAGAGAGGUCUGGGCUGCAGUACCUUAAGUGGCCUCUAGGGAGCUCUGAGCAUCUCCUGAGGCCUGCCUCCAAAGGAAGCUGUAUUCCUUCUAAAUGUGUGAAUAACCUUUAGGCCAUAUUUUGGCCUUAAAGUACUGGUGUCUCCAGUGUAAAAGACUUUACCCUUUGCCAUGCCCACUUUGGAGGAGUCAAAGGUUUGAUUUGAUGUAGAGAAGGGCUGGGUGUGGUGGAAUGUAUUUUUAAUCUCAGAGAGACAGGACAGUCAGGAUUUGUAGAGUCCUUGUCUCAAAAAAACAAAGUAGGGAAGGGGCUGGCAAUGUAGAUCUGAUACAAAGCCAUGGUCCAUCCCUACUACUACAUAAAAUGCACAUAGUAGCACGUGUCUGUAAUCAUACUGAGCAAAGGACAGUGGGAUUGGAGAAGUUGUGAGUUGGAAAAAACAAAAUGGACUAUGAACUGAAUAAAGUCAGAAUGCUAUUUAAUUAAGUUUUGGAAACUAUAAAGAUAAAAAGUCAGUGUUGAUGCUAAGUUCUGGGUGGGAGAAAUGGAGUCUUUAGAUCCCACUCCUUGGGGAAAAGGCGGUCGUGCAAGCCUGCGGGCAGAAGUAGUAAGUAGGUCAGUGCUCUUGGACAGCUGGUGCUGCCUUCCUUCCGACUUUAAUCACCCUGCCCCCAACUGUGGCUCCGGGCUGAGCCGGUGCCUCCUGUUGCUGAGACCAUUGUGCAUUCUGCUUACACCUGGUUCUCUGGGCUUCUGAGCCAGGGUCCAGAGCAUGGGCAGCAUUCCCGGAAACACUGGCCUUGCUAAGGAAGACCGCAUGUGCCAACCGGACAGAAACUUCUGCAAAGUCACCUCCUUCCUGCUCUGGCUAGUUCUCCGCUCUGCACAGCUGAGCUAGAAGCCAGGAAAUCCCUUGCUUUGAGGAAAGUAAGACCUUGUCUUAAAAAUCAAAUAAGCUGGGCCGUGAGGCAGGCAGAUCUCUCAGUUUGAGGCCAGCCUGGUCUAUUGAGUUCCAGGACAGCCAGGGCUACACAGAGAAACCCUGUCUGGAAUCUGACUCUCAACCCCCAAAAUCUCUGCUCAAGUGAUCUGUACCCUUGAUACCGCACAUUUAAUUUUGUUGUAUGCUGGGUACUGUGCUCCAGGCCUUACCACUUUCUGGGGAUAGAACUGUCACCUGCUUUGACCCUGGUGUUGGCUUCUCAUUAGGGUCACUGAUAGCUGGACAGCAGCCUUUCUGAUGGAUGAAGUGAGAUGAUCUUGGGUACUGGGGAAAGUAGGCUUGGGGUGACAUCAGAGAAAGGUUGCUACAAAGCCCUGUUCCUAGGCCAGGCUGCUUUAUUAGGGCAGCAAUGAUUUGGACCUACGUGACGAUGUCAUUGGUGGGGUGAGGCAUGACCUUCCAAGAGUGUUGGCUCUAAGAAGCAGGGUGGCACCAGGCAUUUUUGGUUUGGGGAUUUUUUUUUUUUAAUGACCUUUGUUCCUGACACGAGGGAGAUGAAUGUGAAGGGCCGAGGAGAACUGCCUGAGACAGGAAAGGGCAGAACCAGGUAAUCAGAGCCAAGCUGGGCCUGUGCAUGCUCCAACCUACAGCCCAACUGAGGCCUGGGCUGGUGUCUCCUUUCUCACAGAGGGGCAAUGGCUCUGAAGAACAUCCUGCUUCAGGGGCUCAGGUUCAAGAGUAAGGCUUCUGCCCCAGGGCAUGGUAUCUACUGCUGUCGUGGGACACACCGGGUUUCUGCUGCCGGCUGGAGGUUGGCUGUGCAUGUGGGUGCCUCCUGAGGAGGAGGAUGCUGUAGUGAGUUGGCUGGCAUGGGUGGGGCCGCAUGUCCUGGCAGUCACUGCUAUCUAUACAAGUAUUUGGCCAAUAAGGCAAGUCCUGCCCAGGGGCCCACCUUACCCUAAGGAACAAGGCUGGAGCUGCUGUCCUGGGCCAGAAAAGACUUCUAAAAGGGUGUUCUAUUUAUACUAUACUAUAGAUAGGUGGUUGGCUGGAGUUGUGGGGCUCUGGAGGCCAUGCAAUGGGCAGAAGAGCUGUGGGAGGGAGGGAGGGGCUCCAGGUCAGAGCCUUGGGAGUGAAAAUAGCUGGGUUCUAAGGAUGAGGUUGGUAGGGGACUUGAAACCCCUGUAAGGUUUGUUAGAAGUCUGUUUAAUUGUGUCCAUCCAUUGGAACACAUGUAUUUUCAUUUGUCACUUUGUAUAUGGUAGCAAGGUAAGUCUACUCUGCAGACUUUAGGUUUAAUUCUAGAUAGAGAAAUGGGUUGUGUGUGAAAUUUUACCUGCUAAAUUGCAUCCUGAGCCCUGGAGGGCAGCAGUGCUUGUCUGUUGGAACAUCCUUGUUGCACAACAAAGUUCUGUCAAGCCUGAGACCGGUCAAAACAGGAGAAGAAAAUUGCAUGGAACUGAUAGGUUGUGGUCAUGAAAUUUUUCCAUGGAUUAGCCACACACUUUUGGGAAGGUGACUUUUAAAGUCAGUGGAUUAAGUUGCCCUUCCUGGGUCAGUGAAGCUGCCCUGCUGAGCACUUUUGAGGGCAUAGAGAACACACAUCUAUCACUAUAUUUUAGCAGGGUAAUUCUGAAGGACACGGCUGAUGUCACAGUGAGCUUUAUAGGGUGCAUAGAGAUAAAUGUGUCAUUUUCAAAGACUACUUAAUUAACAGUUUUAUUAAUAAAGGACACGCUGGGCAGACAGAAGUGUAGUAAGAUGCUGUCUCAGAAGAGUAGGGCAGUAACGUGAUACAGGCUAUCAUCCAAGGUGGAGCAGCGAGGGUCAGUGAGAUAGCUUGGAAACACACACAGGAGCUUGCUUCUGAUGGCUCCAGUGCUUCUGUCCCCAGAACCUGAGUGGUAGGAGGGGAGAGCACAGUUGUGGUCCUCUGAUCCCUGCAAGGUGCCCACCAGGUACCCCCUAAAACUAAAUAGUGAAAUUUGUGUAUUGGGGGAAUAAAGUACUUCAAGGGAUCCAGUAAAGGGUCACUUUUACCACUGGGUUUUUUUAUUUAUAUCUUCUCCACUGUAUAUCUGUUUUAAUGUAGUUAACAGCAACUUUUUGCCUUGUUAUUAAGGUCGUUACCACAAAGAGCUUAGUCAUAUUCAGCUUUCACCUUAAUCCUUGUAGCUCUUCAGGGCAAAGCAUACUCCACUCUGAGCGAUCUUUCCAAGUGAGGCCACCAAGCCACACUGAGUCAACAAAACAGCAAUAUGCCAUCAGAAGCCCAGACCCAGAGAACCAAAGGACUUCAGGAACCAUGCCGAAGCCACACAGUGAAGCAGGGACUGCCUUCAUUCAGACCCAGCAGCUCCAUGCAGCCAUGGCUGACACCUUCCUGGAACACAUGUGCCGCCUGGACAUUGACUCUGCCCCCAUCACGGCCCGCAACACUGGCAUCAUUUGUACCAUUGUACCAUGCAGAGACCAUCAAGAAUGUCCGUGAAGCCACAGAAAGCUUUGCAUCUGAUCCCAUUCUCUACCGUCCUGUUGCGGUGGCUCUGGAUACAAAGGGACCUGAGAUCCGGACUGGACUCAUCAAGGGCAGCGGCACCGCUGAGGUGGAGCUGAAGAAGGGAGCCACUCUGAAGAUCACCCUGGACAACGCUUACAUGGAGAAGUGUGACGAGAACAUCCUGUGGCUGGACUACAAGAACAUCUGCAAGGUGGUGGAGGUGGGCAGCAAGAUCUACGUGGACGAUGGGCUCAUCUCACUGCAGGUGAAGGAGAAAGGCGCUGACUUCCUGGUGACGGAGGUGGAGAAUGGUGGCUCCUUGGGCAGCAAGAAGGGCGUGAACCUGCCGGGCGCUGCUGUGGAUCUCCCCGCUGUGUCGGAAAAGGACAUCCAGGACCUGAAGUUUGGGGUGGAGCAGGAUGUGGACAUGGUGUUUGCAUCUUUCAUCCGCAAGGCAGCCGACGUGCAUGAAGUCAGGAAGGUGCUGGGAGAGAAGGGCAAGAACAUCAAGAUCAUCAGCAAAAUCGAGAACCAUGAAGGCGUCCGCAGGUUUGAUGAGAUCUUGGAGGCCAGUGAUGGGAUCAUGGUGGCUCGUGGUGACCUGGGCAUUGAGAUUCCUGCAGAGAAGGUCUUCCUGGCUCAGAAGAUGAUGAUCGGGCGAUGCAACCGAGCUGGGAAGCCUGUCAUCUGUGCCACACAGAUGCUGGAGAGCAUGAUCAAGAAGCCACGCCCCACCCGUGCUGAAGGCAGUGAUGUGGCCAAUGCAGUCCUGGAUGGAGCAGACUGCAUCAUGCUGUCUGGAGAAACAGCCAAGGGGGACUACCCUCUGGAGGCUGUUCGCAUGCAGCACCUGAUUGCCCGAGAGGCAGAGGCUGCCAUCUACCACUUGCAGCUAUUCGAGGAACUCCGCCGCCUGGCGCCCAUUACCAGCGACCCCACAGAAGCUGCCGCCGUGGGUGCCGUGGAGGCCUCCUUCAAGUGCUGCAGUGGGGCCAUUAUCGUGCUCACCAAGUCUGGCAGGAGUGCUCACCAAGUGGCCAGGUACCGCCCUCGGGCUCCUAUCAUUGCCGUGACUCGAAAUCCCCAGACUGCUCGCCAGGCCCAUCUGUACCGUGGCAUCUUCCCUGUGCUGUGUAAGGAUGCCGUGCUGAAUGCCUGGGCUGAGGAUGUCGACCUUCGUGUAAACUUGGCCAUGGAUGUUGGCAAGGCCCGAGGCUUCUUCAAGAAGGGAGAUGUGGUCAUUGUGCUGACCGGGUGGCGCCCUGGCUCUGGAUUCACCAACACCAUGCGUGUAGUGCCUGUACCUUGAUGGCCCUCUGGAGCCCCUCUUCUAGCCCCUGUCCCUUCCCCUCCCCUAUCCUUUCCAUUAGGCCAGCAACGCUUGUAGUGCUCACUCUGGGCCAUAGUGUGGCGCUGGUGGGCUGGGACACCAGGGAAAAUUAAUGCCUCUAAAACAUGCAAUAGAGACCAGCUAUUAUUCAGGGCCCUACCUGAGCCAGGGGUGGAGGAGGAAUGCAGGACUGGAAACCCUGACUUUAUCACAGAAGGGCGGCAGCAUCUCUGGGCUUUGCUUCUGUAGAAAGUUGUCAGAAUUCCCAGCCCUAGCCUGGAGUCAGGAGACAGCAAAAGAGUAGGGGCUGAGGGUGUGGGGCCCAGGGUCCCAGUGUAGAUGACGACUUCUGGCCCUGGCCCUGACCUGCUUUCCCAACAGCUUUGGCCUCCCCACUUCUUGUGCACUCCACUUCUGUCACUGCAGACACUCCACUCUCCACCUUGUAUUCUGCAGAGUCUCCAGGCCUGUUGCUAUAGUGCCCACCUGAAUGUCAAUAAACAGCAGCUGAAGCACC